AUGUACGAGUACACUCUCGGGGAUGUCGCCGCUCAUGCCAAUCCGAAGGAUUGCUGGAUAAUCGUCGGGGGCAUAGUUUACGAUGUGACCGAAUUCUUGCCACAGCAUCCCGGCGGGGCUGAGAGUAUAUACUAAUCCAUCCGCCCUUCCUCUCUGUACAAAUUUUCUGACCAAGAGUAGUAAUUCUUUCGUAUGCUGGAGCUGACGCUACGGGGGCCUACGAAAGCUUUCACCCGUCCUCUCUCCUCAAAACCCCGCCGCCCGAGUUCAAGUUCCUGGGCCCCCUAUCCCGCUCGGAAUUGCCGAUCUCGCAGACUCUCGAAUUAGAGGCCAAACGGCACCCGAAGCCCCCUCUUCAUACCAUCAUCAAUACCUUUGAUUUUGAGACCAUAGCUGAGCAUACAGUUACCCCUAAAACAUGGGCCUUUUACUCCUCCGCUGCUACGGAUUUACUCUCAAUGAAACUUAACAAGAAGGCUUUUGAUCAGGUGUUGUUCAGACCGAGAGUUAUGCGCAACGUCAAGUCUGCAGAUACCAGGACGAAAAUUCUAGGCUUCGAUACUGGUGUCCCCUUCUUUAUAGCGCCGACAGCGAUGCAGGGGAUGGCUAACCCGGAAGGAGAAAAGGCUGUAGCGAAGGGUGCGGGGGAGGAAAACGUUAUACAUAUCGUAAGAACUUAAAAUCAGCCAGUCCCACACAUACCGUACGCCGUAAGCCCCAUAGGUUGCUAAUUGCCAUAGAUAUCAACCAACUCCUCACAUCCAAUCGCAGAUAUUGUUUCUUCCGGCAAGGGCCCCGGGCAACAAACCCACUUUUUACAGCUAUACGUCAACACCGACCGCCAAAAAACUUCUCAGCUCCUCGCCAAUGCGAAAGCCUGUGGUCUUAGAGCUGUCUUUGUAACGGUUGACGCCCACGUUUCUGGGAAGCGGGAAGCAGAUGAACGUCUGAAGGUUGACGUCCCGGUAAAGUCCGCAGUCAGCGGUGCCGUCUCACAUAAUGACAGGAAAGGGGGUGGUAUGGGGCGUUUGAUGGGUUUAUAUAUCGACCGGACCCUUAAUUGGGAGGACAUCGCUUGGAUAAAAAGCGCAGCCGGAGGCCUCCCUAUCGUUUUGAAGGGUAUUCAGACAGCUGCAGAUGCAAAGCUAGCCGUUAAAUAUGGGGUUCAAGGGAUUGUCUUGUCAAAUCAUGGUGGGAGGAACUUGGACACGUAUGAGCCCACCUACCAUGAAAGCUAGUGAUAGGAUCUAAUUCAUCAGAUCGCCGCCUGCCCUGUUUACGCUUCUCGAAAUUCAUAAGAUCUGCCCGGAAGUUUUCAAUUCUCUGGAGGUAUACAUAGACGGAGGAAUUCGAAGAGGGACAGACAUAUUCAAGGCGCUGUGUCUUGGUGCUACGGCAGUAGGGGUCGGUAGACCGUACUUGUACGCGCUCAAUUACGGGGCAGAAGGCAUUGCACAUCUAACCCAGAGUAAGCACUGGCUCUCCUGACUAUCGGGAUAACGCUGAUCCAAGCGGGGAAAAGUCCUCAAGGACGAACUGGAAACAACAAUGAGGAUGUGCGGCGUUACAGACCUAUCGGAGGUCCAUCCAGGACUAGUAAACACAAGGAAAAUUGACGCAUUGGUAGAGGAUGGGAUUGAGCAUUCGUAUGUGAAGUGGAGACCAAAGAGUAAAAUAUAGGUUACCGGGGAAAUUUUUACGAUAUAAUAUACAACACAUACUGUCGGGAUACUCCGCUCUCUGUUCGAAGGAAAACAUCUCCAUUAGAUUGCGCGGUAGGAAUACGGUAUCCGAGAUGACUGAAACCCACGAAUGCUCGAGUAUGAUACGUAGUGAGCUUGCGCGCUAAGUUUGAUUCUUAGGACUUCUUGUACAGUACUGUUCUAGGGUUGAAUUAGUGUAUCCACCAAGGUCCGGUGAUCGGCGAUAAAGGUUGUGCAAGAAUUAUUCGUACACCCAUCCCACAAGCUUGCAACCGGGAUUAGCCGCCUGCAUUCAAGCUCCCUUCUUUGGGCAAAGGGGGGCCCCGCUGAGCGUGAGAUCAAGAUGCCAGCCCUACACUAAGCCGGAUCGAAAGACGGUGCAGAGAAAUCCUAGACCGAGUCGAAGCCAUGCGGGAACCUCGCACCCCACCCGCGGUAUUUCCCGUUAUGAAAUCAUCCGAGGAUUCGGCGAACAAGAGGUGGUGUCUA